UUCCUGUCCUGCACCCAGCCACCCCCAGUCCGGCCCACGUGGCACCUGGGUGGCUUGUCCGUCCCAGCUGUCCAGUAAGACUUGAUCGCAAAGGUUCUGACUGGAAGGCGGCGGGGGCGGAGGGGGGAGCUGCAUCCUUCGCUCUUGGAGGCCGAGAAGAAACAAGGUGAAGUACAGCAAUGAAGCCUCUGUUGUGCAUGCCUCAGCUGUGCAGGAACUCCCCUGAGCAUAAUAGCUGACAUUGAACUCUGUUCCCUGCCCCGUGGCUUCCAUUAUCAUGGCAUCACCCUCCAGCUACAGCUUUAAUGUGAAUGGCAGAUUGUUUAUGCCCAGGGGCAACACCAGCAUGAGGCAUGAUGGACAUGUGCAAGAACUUUUUCACGAAGAAGCACAACAGAGUUCUCCGACACACAACAGACCUUGGUGGAAGAUACACCUUUUUGUUUGGGAACCAGUGCUCUUUGGCACUUGGGACGGAGUCUUUACCUCUUGUAUGAUCAAUAUCUUUGGAGUAGUUCUCUUUCUGAGGACAGGGUGGCUGGUGGGAAACACCGGUAUUUUAAUGGGCAUGUUUUUGGUGUCCAUUGUCAUCCUGGUGGCCUUAGUAACGGUCUUGUCUGGCAUUGGGGUUUGUGAACGCUGCAGCAUUGGAAGUGGAGGAGUCUACUCAAUGAUUUCUACUGUCCUUGGAGGUCAAGUUGGGGGGACCAUUGGCCUCCUCUAUAUUUUUGGUCAGUGUGUUGCAGGUGCUAUGUACAUUACUGGAUUUUCUGAAAGUAUCUCUGAACUCCUGGGCUUCAGUAACAUUUGGGCCAUAAGGGGCAUCUCACUUGCUGUGCUGCUGGGUUUGCUUGGAAUUAACCUUGCCGGUGUGAAAUGGAUAAUCCGUCUCCAGCUGCUGCUUCUCUUCCUACUGGCUGUUUCCACGCUGGAUUUUGUCAUUGGAUCUUUCACACACCUAGAUCCAGAACAUGGUUUCGUUGGUUAUUCAGAGGAGCUAAUGUUGAAUAACACGCUGCCGAACUACAGCCCGGGGGAGUCUUUCUUCACUGUGUUUGGAGUGUUCUUCCCAGCUGCUACAGGUGUGAUGGCUGGGUUCAAUAUGAGUGGUGAUCUCAGGAAGCCUGCAACAGAUAUCCCUCUAGGAUCCCUAUCUGCUAUAGGUGUUUCGUGGUUUCUAUACAUAGUAUUUGUUUUUUUGUUGGGAGCCACUUGUACCCGGGUAUCACUGCGCUAUGAUUUUAUGAUGGCAGAAAAGGUGUCCUUGGUGGGCUUCUUAUUCUUGCUUGGUUUGUACAUUUCAUCUUUAGCAUCCUGCAUGGGAGGUCUGUAUGGAGCACCCCGAAUCCUUCAGUGCAUCGCCCAAGAAAAUGUGAUACCAAUACUUGCAUUUCUUGGACGGGGGAAAGGACCAAACAAAACCCCGGUGGCUGCAAUCUGCUUAACAAGCCUUAUCACCAUGGCCUUCGUUUUCAUUGGCCAAGUGAAUGUUCUCGCUCCAAUUGUCACCAUAAACUUCAUGCUUACCUAUAUUGUCGUGGAUUACUCCUAUUUCUCUGUCUCCAUGAGCUACAGACUUCAGCAGAGCUCCAAAAAGAUACUGAGAGAGGAUUCCAAGGUCGUGCUCAGCUGUUCUCGGCCUUUAAUACUGGACAAGCCAUCCUGUUAUGGAUCAGGUGGAAUAAUGCAAGGCCAAUCCAAUGGCACCUUGCUAGAAUUCACAAAAGACAUGGAUCAUAUUUUUAGGCCUCCCGGCCAAGACCCAGGGGCCAAUCUUGAGGGAAAAGAAAAGGACAUGGGUGUUAGCCAAAUGGCCAAGCCCAGGAAGCAGAAGAAGGCAGUCAAACAAACGUUACAAGACAGCUUUCUCUUGGAUCUUGGCAAUAACAUUGCCUCUACCCAGGAUCUUUGCAGUGGUGACCUGGAAUCCAGUGACAAAAGUAUGCAGAGCUUUUCAGAGCUGAAUCACCAGGAUGAAGAGAGUUCUGCUGCUGUAGGACCCAAGCGGAAGCAAGACCAAGACAGAGGCCAGCAUUUUGAAGAGAGGCACAAAACUGCCAGUCACCAAGUGGAAGAUUUAAAUGUAAAACAACAAAGCCAUGAAUUAGAAAUUCAGAAAAUGCCAGCGUCCUUCUACUCAAGACUCUGUGACCGUUGGGUUUCCCUUGUUGGUGCAAUAGGAUCACUUGCAAUUAUGUUUGUUAUUCAGUGGAUCUACACUCUUGUUAAUUUGGGAUUAGCAAUUAUUCUAUAUUUCUACAUUGGCCAAGUGAGUCCAGGGUUACCACCUGGUGUAGCAGCCAACUUCAGCUUUUUCCAAUGGAUAAAACAACUUUUACUUAAUGCCUGCAGGGGAAAGCCAUCCCCGGAGGAGCGAUUUGUUGUGACACCGUCCCUUGCAACAGUUGGCAUGGAGACCACUCAGCUAACAGAAGAGAAUACAGAUUUUGCCUCCCGGGACCGCUACCACCAUUCCUCUCUUAUCACCAGAGAAGAGUUUGUUAAUCGGUUCCAAUGAGAAAGCAACAUGCCCAUUCAAUCUGCCAGCCAAUUAAAAACACUGGCCACAGACACA